AUGGCUGGAAAAUUAGGAACUCUAUUAAUUGCAAUAAUCUUAACCCUACAAAUCCUACCCAAACUAGUUCAAUGUCAAAAUCCAGCAACAAUCCCAAACAAUCUACAAAACACCACAGAACCAACAGAAUACUCAUCAACAUUCAGUACAGAUUUAACCGAGCCUGUCACACCAACAACUGUCAUCUUAGAAGAAUCCUCAUGUCUUAAAUACUUCAACUACAGCCAAAACAGCUCCGCAUGUCUCGUUCCAAUCGCAAAAUCAUUCGAAGAAGCUCACAAAAUAUGUAAAUCAAAUGACAUGAAGUUGCUGCAAAUUCAUUCUGAUAAGGAGAAAAAGACAGUUUUUAAUGUUGCUAGGGAAUUUUUCGGAAGUGGAGGUGGCACUGUGCUAUGGAUUGAUGGGAAGUGGAUGUAUGAUAAGGAAGAGUACAGAAUGUUUGAAACAAAUGUAACUUUUUAUUCGUCGAAGAAAAUCGGAAGUCCACAGAAAAAAUUUCAUGGUCAAGAUCAUUAUUGCUUGACUAUAAUGAGCUAUUUUAAAGAUCAAUAUGAGAUUUCUCCUAUUCGGUGCUUUAAUGAGUGUUACUUCUUCUGUCAAACUUAAAGAUGAGGGCAUGAAUUAGUUAAAAUUAUUUUUAGAAUCUAGUUUAUUUUGUAGAUUUUGAAAUAGAGUCAGACGAUAAGAAUACAUUGCUCGAAGUCGAUUAGAGUCAACUUAAUUGCAUGAAGUAGUUGACUUCGAGUUGAAUCAACGAACAGUAUCGACUUCGAACUCUGGAUCAUGUAAAGUGUAAUAAAGUG